AUGGAGACCCCCCAGAUCACCCUCGAGACCUACGUCCCCCGCAAGUGCUCUGCCACUAACCGCCUCAUUGGCGCCAAGGACCACGCCUCGGUCCAGAUCAACAUUGGUGGUGUUGACGAGAACGGUCGCUUCAACGGCUCUUUCACCACCUAUGCCCUCUCUGGAUACGUCCGUGCCCAGUCCGAGGCUGAUGACUCCAUCAACCGCCUUGCCACCAAGGAUGGUUUGUUGUCCAUGGUCUGGAACUACCAGAAGUAA